AUGUUAGGGUUGUUCUUUAUAAAAACUUGUUUAACUGCAUUAGCUAAAAAUGCUCUAGUCAGUGACAGUAAUUUUCAGUUGCAAUACUCGUGUUCUGCUAGAUAUAUCUACAGUGAUGAAAAACAAGUUCGUUUUAUAUUUUAUAAAGUCAUAAAUGAUGAUGUAAAAAAAGAAAUUAUAAAACAACCGUUAAAGUCUACAGUUACUAAAGAGGGCGGGGCAGUAGAGUAUAUUAUUGAACUAGAAAGUUUAAAAAAGUGGAAAAAUCAAGUUAAUAUAAGCGAUGGUAUUAAUGAAGAAUUUGGUACUUAUCCUUUUAUUUCUGAAAAAAUUACGAUAUCUGUCGAUGGUACCCGGAUGAAAGAAUUGUUAAAGCGCGGAGAAGUAAUAAAAAUAAAUCUAGGCAUGGAUAAAAAUUUUAAUUAUUUUAGGAUACCAAUAUUUAUACGUCCUUUUUCAAGUAAUGUUUCUUCGUAUGAAGCAGAUUUUAAUAAUGGUGCAUUUGGAUAUACUGUAUUUUUUGAAGAUUUAAUAGAAAAGCAUAUUAUUAAGCUUUCUGAUGAAGAUAAAAAGAAAUGUAUUAAGGAGUUAAAUAAUUUACUUACACUUUCCACCACAAAACUAGGUAAUACAUACAAGGGUAAACUUUUUUUAUUGUUAAAGGAGAAUCUUUCAAUUUUAAAACCUGUGAUUUGCUGUUUUAAAGAUCUGAUUGAAAUUGAAAAAAACCCAAAAAAUUAUUUAGAAAAAACUGUUUCAGAAAUCGGAUAUAUUUGGUGUUCUAUAAAUUUAGGUAAAUUUAUGCCCACUUUAGAGGGAAAAAGAGGGGUAUUUUCUUCUUGCAAAAAAGAUUCAAGAUUUAUAGCAAUAACCCAUGGUAUUGUUACAGAUAUCCUUAAUAUUUGCAGAUUUGCUGUGGAUAAUAGUGUAAAGUUUGAUAUAUACGAGAUUUUUGACCAUUGUCAAAAAUUAAGUUUUAGCUGUCGCUUAGAUAUUAGAAUUAAAAUGGAAGAUUACGAUUCUAAAAAAGUAAAUAGCGUUGAUGUUAGAAGCAACUUACAAACGCGUUUACCUUUUGACCGAGAAGAUUUGGAUGAUGGUUUUAUUGUUAAGUUGACAUUUACGCCCAAUUCAUACCGAAAUCUCAUCUUAGCUAUCUGUAUAGACGUAGAAUAUUCUUCUAUGUCGUUUACUACGGGUUUUAUUAAUCUUCAAAGUGCAAUUAAUGGUUAA